AUGUUAAAAUAAUUAGAGAAGUAAUCAUCUUUUGCCACAUUCUUUUAAUGUAUAAUAAUAUAUUUCCUAAUUAUAUUUUUAGGUAUUUCAUUAUAUGAAAAGAAUCAACCAGGUUAAGGAUUCAUUUUAAGAGAAUAAGCAAGAAAGAUUAAUAGUAACUUUUAUAAGGAUUUAUUGAAUUAUACAGAUUUAGAAUUAAAGAAGAAUCCAAAAAAUACCUCUAUGAUGAUUGCAUAAAGUAAUUGAUAUUUUAAUCCUUUCAUAAGGUUAUGCUUUAAAUGAUGAAAAAUAAUACUAACAAGCCAUUUAAUAAUGUGAAAAAAUAUUAAAUGAGGAACCAGAAAAUCUCCAUGCAUUGUAUAGAAAAAGUAAUCAUAUAUUAUUAUUCUAGGUUUCUCUUUAGAAGACUCAAACUAGAUAGCAUUAGCUAUAUAAUGUAUUGAUAAAGCUCUCAAAUACAAUCCAAAUUAUUGUCUUGCUUAUUUCUAGAAGGAUGAUUUAAUGUUAAAAUAAUUAGGGAAUUUGCUAUAUGCUGAGGGAAAAUAUAGAGACGCAAUAAUAUGCUAUGAUAUGGCUAUUCAACUAGAUCCUAAUUAUUCGAUGGCUUAUAAUAAUAAAGGUUUACUUUAUUUAAUUUUAAUAGGCAAUUCAUUAUAUAAUCUUCAAAAAUAGAAUGAUGCAAUUACAUGCUAUGAAAAGGCUUUUUAGUUAGAUCCUAACUAUUCAAUGGCUUAUAAU